AUUUAACAGAGGAUCGGAUGCUGCAGAAGUUUUUGAAAACUCACAAAAUGAACAUGAAGAAAAAAGCAGAACGUAUUUUUGAGUGCAAGAAAGUAAAUGAAGUUGAUCUCAAGGCUGUUUACACAGAACUGUUCAUCACAGAGGGAGAUAUGAAAGAUGUCUAUCAGGAACGUGAGAUUCUGAAAAUUGAUGAUGCUUUCAGGAAGAAACAAACACAGGACAAACCAAUCAAUUGCAGUAAAUUAUUUACAUUAUUAAGGGAAAAUAAUGAGGAAAAGAUUGUGCUGACUAAAGGCAUCGCUGGCAUUGGAAAAACUGUCUCUGUGCACAAAUUCAUCCUGGACUGGGCUGAAGGAAAAGCCAAUCAGGAUAUACACUGUGUGUUCCUGCUCCCAUUCAGAGAGAUUAACAGGAUUAAGGAUAGAAAGUUCAAUCUUCAUGAAUUCCUACUGGAAUUUUAUGAUGAAUUGAAGGGCCUGGAGAAAUCAAAGUUAUAUACAGAAUAUAAACUUGCAUUUAUAUUUGAUGGACUUGAUGAAAGUCGAAUGCCUUUGAAUUUUAAAAGUGAAGAAUUGAAGAUGGUUGAGAAAAGAUCGUCUGUAGAUGUGCUGUUUACAAGUCUGGUGAAAGGCAAGCUGCUUCCAUCAGCUCUUGUGUGGGUGACAUCACGACCAGCAGCAGCCAAUCAGAUCCCUCCUGAGUACGUAGGUUUGUUUACAGAGGUGCGAGGAUUCACUGACCAACAGAAGGAGGAGUACUUCAGAAAGAGAAUCACAGAUGAGAAUCUGGCCUCCAAAAUCAUCUCACACAUUAAGACGUCUCGUAGUCUCUACAUCAUGUGCCACAUUCCUGUGUUCUGCUGGAUCACGGCAACAGUACUUCAAAAUAUUCUCAUCAAGAACAGUGAAGAGAACAUCAGCACAACACUUACUGAAAUGUACAUUCACUUCCUGCUGAUACAGAUGAACAUGAAGAGCCAGAAAUAUGAUGAAAAAGCAGAAAGACAACGCACAAAGCUUUUACAUUCAAAUAAAGAAAUGAUUUUGAAGCUAGCCAAACUAGCAUUUGAACAGCUGAAGCAGGAAAACAUUGUGUUCUAUGAAGAAGAUCUGAAAGCAUGUGGUAUUGAUGUGAGUAAAGACACUGAGUUCACAGGAAUGAUCGCUGAGAUCUUUAAGAUGGAAGAUGGACUUCAUGAGACAAAAGUCUACUGCUUUGUGCAUCUGAGUGUUCAAGAGUUUCUCGCUGCAGUGCAUGUGUUCGUCUGUUACCUGAACAAGAACAUGCAGGAGCUUCAGUUUUUCUUUGACAAGCCAGAAGAAAAUAUCACAUUGCAGAAGCUACUGCAGAAGGCUGUUGAUAAAGCCAUGAAGAGUCAGAGAGGACAUCUGGACCUGUUCCUGCGCUUUCUGAUGGGCAUUUCACUGAAAUCCAGUCAAAACCUGCUCCAAGGCCUGAUCACACACACUGAAGACACCACAGAGAGCAUCACAAAAAUAACUGAAUACAUUAAACAAGAACAAAAUAAGUAUGGUAUCUCAGAUGAAUCUUUAGUUAACCUAUUUUACUGCUUACUUGAGCUCAAAGAUCAUUCAUUAUAUGAGGAAAUCCAGAGUUACCUCAGCUCAGAUGAACAUCCAGGAAGAAACCUCUCAUCUUCAAUGUGCACAGUGUUGACAUAUGUACUGCUCAUGUCAGAGAAGGUGCUGGAUGAGUUCAACCCAAAGAGGUUCACAUCACCUUCAAACUACAAGAGACUCAUCCCAGCUGUGAGAUGCUGCAGAAAAGCAAUGCUGUGUGGGUGUAAUCUCACUGCUCAGUCCUGUGAAAGUUUGUCUUCAGCUCUACAGUCAUCAAACUCUGUCCUGAGAGAGCUGGAUCUGAGUAACAAUGACCUGCAGGAUCAUGGAGUGAAGCUUCUUUCUGAUGGACUGAAGAGUCCAAACUCUAAGCUGAAGAUAUUGAGGUUUUCCAUGUGUAAUCUCACUGCUCAGUCUUGUGGGAGUUUGUCAUCAGUUUUAAAAUCCUCAAACUCUGUCCUGAAAGAACUGGACCUGAGUAACAAUGACCUGCAGGAUUCUGGAGUGAAACAUCUUUCUAAAGGACUGAAGAGUCAAAACUGUCAGCUGGAGAUACUGAGGUUGUCUGGCUGUAUGGUGACAGAGAAAGGCUGUCAUUAUGUGUCUUCAGCUCUGAGUUCAAACCCCUCACACCUAAGAGAGCUGGAUCUGAGCUACAAUCACCCAGGAGAUUCAGGAGUCAAGCUGCUUUCUGAAAAACUGAAGAAUCCAAACUGCAAACUCAAUGUGGAUCAUGGAGGAGAAUCCAGGAUUACAGCAGGACUGAAGAAAUAUGCCUGUUUUCUCACACUGGAUCCAAACACAGCAAACAAUCAACUCAUUCUGUCUGAGAAGAACAGAAAGGUGACAAAUGUGGGAAAGAAUCAGCCGUAUCCUGAUCAUCCAGACAGAUUUGAUGUGUAUGAGCAGGUGUUGUGUAGAGAGAGUGUGUGUGGACGCUGUUACUGGGAGAUUGAGUGCAGUGGACGUGUGGAUAUAUCAGUGUCAUAUAAGAGCAUCAGGAGGAAGGGAAGGGGUGUUGAGUGUUUGUUUGGAUCUAAUGAUCAGUCCUGGACUUUGAGCCGCACUUUCUUUGGUUACUCAUUCACACACAAUAAGAUAGUGACUCUGAUUUUCCCUGUGAUGCCCAUCAUCAGUCGUAGAAUAGGAGUGUCUGAUAUCUAUAGAGUAGGAGUGUAUGUGGAUGAGAGUGCAGGAACUCUGUCCUUCUACAGCGUCUCUGACACAGUGAGUCUCAUCCACACAGUCCAGACCACAUUCACUCAGACGCUCUAUCCUGGGUUUAGUGUUGAUUAUAAAUCAUCAUUGAAACUGUGUUGAUGAAUCAGAAUAGACUGAUGAGAGAUUCUACCCAUAAUGCUUUGAGCUGCUGAUGAAUCAGUAAGAGUGAGAUGUUCUGGAGUCUCUUCAUGAAAUUAAUACUGCAGCUCAACUUCUAACACUCAAAUAACAGUCAGAAUAAAUGUGUGUCAGAAAUCCUCAUAUAGACAGUAACAUCAGCGUGUGAGUCUAUAUUUGUGUUUUUAUUGUCGUGUCUCAUCAAUCAUUAAUUUUAUUAGUGUUAAAACGUCAAAAUGUCACAAUCUUGAUGAAGAUCAUGUAAUUCAUUUCUCUCUAUUGUUUUUGUGCAGAAAUAAUAAAACAA